CAUUUACGCUUCCGGUUUAUCACCGUGUGGCAUGCAAUAUGGCACCUUUACUCAAACGCCUGACUCUCUGUUUAUAAAUCAAACAUAUGCAUAUGUUUUAUUAUUUAAAUGCAUCAAAUAUCGAGCCACGGAUGAUAAAGUGUGACAAUCCUUCAGCUGGAGGUGGAGGCGUUAGGCAACCCUUCUACUAACCCUUCUACUACGGCAACCCUGAAUCGGAGUCCACAACAAAAAACGGGCAGUGACUGAGCAGCUGAAUGUGAAUCGUAUCAACACAUCAAAUGGUUGGCUCCUUUCGCAACAAAUCAGUUUGAGAAUUAUGGAUGGAUGUGGCAGGACUAAGGAUGCGCAGGCGGAGCUGGAAACUGUGGACGCUGAGCUGGAGUUGGUGGAGCUGCAGAUCUCGGAGCUCCUGCAGAAGCAGGCUGAGCUGAGGCGUCGUAAAGAUGCACUGCUACAGCCACCGCAGGAGCCCUGUGAUGCUCCACAGCCGUCAUCCUCAAAAUUAUCUGGAGCGAAUCCAGUACUGAGCAAGCAGGAGAUGCAGCUUUAUGAUGGCACAGAUUUUCCAUGGUUCAAGGAAGUAGAGCAGCACCUAAAGGACACCUUCCGUCUCUCCACGUUCAGAUCUCUGCAGCUCAAGGCCAUCAACCUGACUCUGUCAGGCAGAGAUCUCUUCCUGGUGAUGCCCACAGGAAGAGGAAAAAGCCUUUGUUACCAGCUGCCUGCCCUCUGCUCUAAAGGUUUUACAUUGGUUGUCAGUCCCUUGGUGUCCCUGAUGGAAGAUCAGAUCAUGUACCUGAAGUCCAUCAAUGUGCCAGCAGUCAUGCUGAAUGCAUCCAGUAGCAAGGAUCAUGCCAAGAACGUUUUGGCUGGGAUGAUCGAUCCCAAAGGUCCCUUCAGGCUGCUCUACGUGACUCCAGAGAGGAUCGCUAAGAGUAAGCUGCUCAUGUCUCGUUUGGAGAAGGCGCACAACGCAGACCUCCUGAGUCGGAUUGCUGUGGACGAGGUUCACUGCUGCAGUCAGUGGGGACAUGACUUCAGACCAGAUUUUAAACAGCUGGGCAUCCUGAAGAGGCAGUUCCCCAAAGUCCCCUUGCUAGGACUCACAGCCACAGCAACUAGAAGCGUCCUGGAGGACUGUGAGAAAAUCCUGUGUGUGCCACAGACCGUCACCCUGUCUGCAUCCUUUAACCGGGCCAAUCUCUACUACGAGGUUCGUAUUAAAGACUCUAACUAUGAUGCAUCAAUAAGUGACAUUGCCACUCUGAUCAAGGACCGAUACAAGGAUCAGUCAGGAAUCGUGUAUGUGUUCUCUCAGAAGGAUGCAGAGUAUAUAUCAUCAUCGCUCCAGCAGAAGGACAUUCUGGCCUUUCCCUACCACGCCCACAUGGACCCCGAUGACAAGUCUCGUAUCCACUGCAAAUGGACCAGGAACAAAAUUCAGGUGGUGGUAGCCACAGUGGCAUUCGGCAUGGGCAUCGACAAGCCUGACGUCAGGUUUGUCAUCCACCACACCAUCAGUAAGUCCAUUGAGAACUACUAUCAAGAGAGUGGACGGGCAGGUCGAGACGACAGUCAAGCAGACUGCAUCCUCUACUUUGGCUUCUCUGACAUCUUCAGGAUUAGCACCAUGGUGGUGAUGGAAAACAUUGGUCAGCAGAAGCUGCUACAGAUCGUGGACUACUGCCAAAAUGUUGACAGGUGUCGGCGCUCUCUCAUGGCUGUUCAUUUUGACGAGGUAUGGGAUGAUGAAGGAUGCAACCAGAUGUGUGAUACCUGCCGCCAUGUAAAAGACUUCACCACUGUGGACAUUACCCAGCAUGCAAAGCAGGUGGUGAAGAUAGUGGAGCUGGCAGCGUCAAUGGAUGAGAAGCUGACUCCUUUGAAGCUGGUGGACACAUGGAUGGGCAAAGGCCCAGCAAAGCGCAGGAAGAUGAUCCAGACCAGCACCCUGUGUCGGCUGCAGGCUGAAGCUGUGGUUGUGGCGAUGCUGCUGAAGGGAUACCUCAGAGAUGAUUUCAGCUUCACACCAUACACCACCUACUUCUACAUGAGGCUUGGCAGCAAAGCUCCUCUGCUGAAGAGCCAGACUCACACACUCAGCCUGAGGAUGAGGUCAACUGGGACGGUGUCUGCUGUGGUGAAACCUGUGAGUGGCCGGGGCCAUGCUAAAGAGGGAAAGGGUGGUGUAGAUGGCCCUGUGUCCAAGAGAGUCAAGACAAACAUCCCCUAACCGCCCACCUUGUCUAGAAGACAAGCUGCCAAAGUGCACUCCAUCAUUCUUUACUCUGCUCAUAAUGCUUCUGUUAGCAACGCACGAUACAGGCUCCUACUUAAUGCUUCACUUUUGGAUCAGACGCUCUUGAGUGGUGGAGGAAUCUGUUUAUGGCAUUUAAAUGCUUGUUUUAAUAGAAUAAGCAUGAUGUCAUCAAAUUGUUCCUAACCAGCAGGCUGGGGCGAUAAACAUCGCCUACACCACAAGAUCUUCUGGCUAGUUUCUUCUCGUACUGCUUGGUGUCUGUGAAACGGCUUGAUUAUUGGCUUUUCUUGUUUCCAGAGAAACGAGACAUAUCUGUAGGUCAGAUGGACCAUGUAUUGGAUCAGAAAUCAAAUUUGACAUUUAAUUAUUGCCCAAGCCUAUUGCUCAUGAUCUCUGCUGCUGAUGUUCAUGCGCCCACUAACUGUCACAAACUAGAUUUGUUUUCACUGACUUCAGAGAGUAGAUAUUCUUUAAACACCCCUUUCAGUUAAACCUUGUUCCAAACGCAAAGCCACCACACCACAGGAGGAGACCCUGGGCUGAUUUAGAUGAAGUAGAUGUUCCUUGUCCAGGUCGAGGUCGAUAAGGAAGUCACCAUCACGGUGCUUAGCUCUCCAUUCCAUGCCUCCAUCAUCUCUCAGAGUGCAGCAGAAAAGCUCUGACCUGAGGAUUUACUACAGCAAACAGCUGAGGAGGGCGACCUCUCCAGACUGCCCACAGCCUGUGGAAGUGAGUGGCUGUAGGAAGCUGGUUUACCACUAAAACACCCAGUUUGAAAUUAAUUUUACUGAACAUAGGUGUAAAGACAGCUGCAGGGAUUACAAAUGUAUGUAGGCCAACAAGAGGUCUGCAUCACCUUGGAGCUCUCAAUUCAAAACCAAUGGGAUUCUUCCAUUUCAUGUUGGAUUAUUACAUGAAUUUGUCUCUGUAGAAAACAAGUUCAUGUCUAAGUUUUCUUAGCAAAGAAAUCUUGACAAAUUAGCAUCACUUUAUCUGUAGACUAAACACCCAACAUGUUCAGGCAACACAGUUUACAUAACAAAGUUCUGAUUCAGCAUAACUCAGCCUUAAGAGAACAAACGGACUAAAUGCAUAUGGAUUUGUGUUGAACAAGCUUCUGAAGUCACCAGAACAAGCCAAGCAACCACCAGAGAAAAUACUGUUUUAUUUUUACUGUCAGUUCAUUAUUCUUUAUUAAACUUCUCAUACUAAGUGUUGUGAUGUCAUUAUUAGGGUCCUCACUACGACUAGUCGUAGAGGAACCUAUUCUAUUUCAAGGAAUUAUUAGGGCCCGAGCCGACUGAAAGUCGGGCGAAGCCCUAUUGAAAUUGCACAAAUUCUUAUUCUUUUUUCGCCACUUCAAUCGCACUUUUGGGGCCUUUUUGAUAUUCAAAAACUCUUGAAUUUU